AUGGAAAAAUUUCCAACAAAAUCUAAAAAUAUUAAUCAUAAUGAUGAUGAUACAUUAUCAUCUCAUUCUAUAAUUUCAAUUGAUCAAAAUCAAUCAUUAAUUAAUAAUAUUGGUCAUAAUUUAUAUCAAUUAGCUAUUAAACAAGCACAUGAAGAACGACAUCAAGCUAAAAAAAUUCGACAACAAAAUAAAAAAUCAUCAAAAAUUAUUCAACAACAAACAAAUUUAAUUAAAAAAAAUCGAAUAACAAUAAAUGAUAUUGAUCAUUUAUUUGAACAAAAACGUUUACGACCAUCAACAAUUAAAAAUGAUCUUAUGGAACUUUAUGAAAAAUCAACAAGUCGUAUACGUUCAAUGUUAGAUAUAAAAGAAAUUGAUCAUUUUAUUCAAACAACACAAAAUAGAAAAAAUCAAUAA